UCUCCAACGCUCCGGCAGGGAUCCUAGGCCCAAAAACUCACUACCACUUCUUCCCUUUGCCAUCACGGAGAUUAAUAAUGGGUUUCAUUACAAGGCUCAUUACGCUCUUUGGGCUCGUCUUACUCGCUCAUGCUGGUUAUUCCGCACACGAGCACACAGUUCUCUACAGCAAUGUCCACCUAUCCUCACCCUCUACGGCGCUCCCACAAGACAUCGUGAUUGAGGCCCUUGUCUCGCUCCUCAUUGUCUCAACAGGCUUAAUUUUCGGCGCAGAAAAACUGAAGCCUGUAAGCUGGAGUGAGUGGGCGAAGGAGGUCGAGAAGAAGGGCGACACGGAGAAUCCGUAUGCGAGGCUGGAGGAGAGAUACAGCUUUUGGGAUGUGAGGGCAAAACGAAAGGAGUUCGCAGACUGGCUGCGCAGUGGCACUGAUGCUCCGCUGAAAGGUUAA